AUGAAACAAGAAACAAUAAUUGAAAAUAGUGGAAAUAAUACAUAUGAGACGACAUCAACAGCCAUAACAAGUGAAGAAUUACAGUUAUUGACGUAUGAAGCAGCAAUGGAGAUACAAGAUGAGAAUCGACAGCUUGUGGUGGUCGCGUGUGAAGAAUUACGACAUCGUGCACUUAAUAUUCCAGUAAAAGCUAUUGCUGCAGACCUUGGAGACAAUCAUUUUCGUAUUCUUGAAGCUGUAGGACACGCACGGGUGCAGGGAAUUACAGUGACAACAUUGAUGCAAUUAUUGAAGAAUAUGAACGUUAAACGACUGCACAAUUAUCUUGACACGUUGAUUUCAUACGGUUUAGUAGUCAAGAGGAUGAUGAUUGUCGUCCGUCCAGUCAUGCGACGGCUAAACAUUAUUCAUUUACCGCGGUUUGUAGCCGAAUUUAAACCAAAGAUGCUUGAUGAGUCAGCAGAUUUUGAAUCAGAUGAACAAAGCAAAAAGAUCUUGUGUGUAGCAGCAGAAACAUAUUUGAGAGGACUACCGACACAUUCGUCAGUGCUAUCAGAUCUUGGACGUGACUUGAGUUUGCACAAGCGGCAUCUGGAAAUGCUGCGUUCACAUAUUAUACAAGAGUGUAAGGUGGACGACAAUUUCCCGUUAGAGUUGUUCCAAGCUGUCUUGCAGCCGUCAAGACGUGCUACUCUUGAACCUAAAAUUUUAAAUUGCGUGCGGUACAAGCCGUUAAAGUUCCGACGACACUCGGCUUCGUGUCGUGGUAUUGUAUUGGAGCUUGGGUUGCUUCGCCAGAUCUAUGGGAUUAUUGAAGACAGUGCCGAGAAUGGUGCAACAAUCAUCGACCUGCGUAACCAAAUUGUACUUCCUGGGAGCAAAUUACCGUAUAAGUUAGUAAGCGUCCUGGCGAGGAUGUAUAAUCUAAAAGCCGAGUCGAUUAUACUGGGAAAAAACAAGGCUUUUCGACUGUAUAUAGACUCGGUGGCACCUAGUAUGGGUAACAAGCUUUCUUUUUCAGCAGACGUAGUAGACAGCGCCUUAUCACUUUCGACUUCAUUGAUCCGGUCAAAAGAUUGUACCAGGGCAGACGAGGAACCAGUUGCUCGAGUGAAGGUAGAAAAAGCAUCUACUGUUCAAACUAAUAAGGCACUGAAAGUGGCACUUGGAAGAGCGGAAAUUGAUGGCACCAGUGCUCGACGUCGCGAGCACAUCUUGGAUCGGCUUGCGAACGAAAAGAUUAUUAGUUUAUCGUCGCUGUGUGCCAGCGUAUUCAGUAUGGAGAAGCAGCGCGCAGAAUCGAAUGCAAAUUUGUCCAACUCAAGUGGCGAGCUCGGUGUUGUUAACAAUGGGAGCAGUUCAAUAUCGCCUGCUGUCGUAGGAAAAGUAGACAUUCGGUCAAUAUACCGCAUUGCGUCAGAACUGGAACUCAUGAAUAAAUUACGACUGUUGCAGUUUCCAUUGCCGGCUCGUAACGUGUCAGCCAAAUUUCGUGCGCUACGUUGUGUUGUUGCUACUGGGUAUGAGCGUGAUGAAAUGUUCAUUCAAGGCUUUGUGAAGAACUACUGUCGAGAUGAGCGUUUGCGGCGCAUUCAUCGGAAUACUAAUAAAGGUCAAUUUAUUCGCUUUCACACGACCGGAAGCGACAAUAUUGACGAGGUGGAGCCUCGACCAGCUCGAAAGAGGCGGCGAGUCAAUGCUACUAUAGCUAACGCAGACGCAGAUGAGCCUAAGGAAGUGAUGCUUGCCUCAGGCGGUGUAGCAGGAAAUAAGGAUGUUUGCUGUCAAAUAAAUCGUCAUGCUUCUGACAUCGAAGAAAAUGGAGUCGCCAGCUCUGCUUCGCCUGAAAUUAGCUACAGGAUUCGGCGUUUUGUGAGCCAGCAAACAUCUGGAGUUCACACCCAGCAGUAUAGGAAGCUCGGAUUUGCAUACGGUGUCAUGUAUCGAUGUAAAGCUCUGCAUCGAUUUUUGUGGAAAGCUUUGCAUGAGAACGGAUCAAGCCUUCAGCUUCCGGGUGAGGAUAACAAUGCCACCAUUCAAGAGACGACUUUUGAAAAAGAUGGCAGCGAUGUUGCUGAUAACCAGCAUCAACCUCUUUUACCAGGGAUUGUGUUUUCUCGCGAAACAGUUUUGCACUCAAUGCCUGUACAUUUGUACAUUCAAAUAUUUGCGGGUGGGGAAAUUCUAUCAGGCGCCGAGUUUUCUAUUGUUGAGGAGGCCGUCAAGCAUCAGCGCACAUUUCAAUCAAUUCCAGAAACUUUACGCAAAAAGAUAUGGAGUCAUGAAUCUCAGCGCACAGCAAAAGUAUUGGGUACUUUGGCCGAUCUAGGCUUGGUACUACCACACAAGAUUGGAAUGAAACACUUGGUAAAGAUUCUUCGAGCCGGAUACACUGAUGGGCGCGACGGUGUGCUUUCCCGUGCGCUGAGCGAAAAUGCACUUGGCGGGCUUUUUUGCUUUAACAAGCAGGCUCGAAUUGUUCUCAAUGAUAGUGGCAGAGACGAUUGCUUUUUUCCUCCAGGCGAUACCGAGUGCCGUAGUGUGAACGAACUCACUUCUAUUCGCGUUGUUGGCUUUACGGAAAAGACAUAUAGCUUUGCGAAUUCAUUACCAUUGCGAUUUUCGUUCAAGACGGAAUGCGAUGUUGAUCACUACUGGGAGGCUCUUGAGUGUUUAUGUCUUGAGCAGAUGACAAUGGAAGUGAAUUACCCAAGAAAAAACGAACCAGCCGUGUGUGGGGUACCUAAGCCAGUUAAGACCCGUGCUCGACGAAUGCUGCGUAUUCUCGCUUGGAUACCAAAAUCACGAAAGUCUGUACCGAAGCACAAGCGUGAGGAUAGUAGUGACACAUCUCAUUUUACAAGUAGUGGUAUUGUGUCUACUAACGUUAGAGCUCGCAAAAAACGACGACUCGCUCGAAAUGGGGACGACGCGAAUAAUGAUCAUGAUGAAGUCAAAAGAAGGAACAGGAAGAAUGAGGGGGGAUAA